GCCUCACUCACUCAAAUUCGAACUUCUCACGUUCAUUUCUACACAUCCCUAGCUCUGUCGUUCCGUCGUUGACGAUGGCGUUUCGGGUGCGAAGCCCUGACCUCCGCUCUCUCUUUCUUCUCUCUCUCUUGUCCAUCGCUUCCGCCAAUGUCUUCUUCGAAGAGCGUUUCGAUGACGGGUGGGAAAAUCGAUGGGUUAAAUCAGAUUGGAAAAAAGAUGAGAACGUGGCUGGGGAGUGGAACCACACCUCUGGUCAAUGGAAUGGAGACGCUAAUGACAAAGGUAUUCAAACCAGUGAGGAUUACAGAUUCUAUGCUAUUUCAGCUGAGUACCCUGAAUUCAGCAACAAGGGUAAGACACUAGUCUUUCAAUUUUCUGUUAAGCACGAACAGAAGCUUGACUGUGGUGGUGGCUACAUGAAGUUGCUCAGUGGGGAUGUUGAUCAGAAGAAAUUUGGCGGGGAUACUCCUUACAGUAUUAUGUUUGGCCCAGAUAUCUGCGGUUACAGUACCAAGAAAGUUCACGCUAUUCUUACCUACAAUAACACAAACCACUUGAUAAAGAAGGAUGUUCCUUGUGAGACUGACCAACUUACUCAUGUUUACACAUUUAUCCUCCGUCCGGAUGCAACCUACAGCAUCCUGAUUGAUAAUGUGGAGAAGCAAACUGGUAGUCUCUACUCUGAUUGGGAUCUUCUCCCUCCAAAGACAAUCAAGGAUCCUGAGGCUAAAAAACCAGAAGAUUGGGAUGACAAAGAAUAUAUUCCUGAUCCUGAGGAUAAGAAACCAGAGGGGUAUGAUGACAUCCCAAAAGAGCUCCCAGACCCCGAAGCCAAGAAGCCUGAAGAUUGGGAUGAUGAGGAAGAUGGUGAGUGGACACCCCCUACCAUUGCCAACCCUGAGUACAAGGGCCCAUGGAAGGCAGAGAAAAUCAAGAACCCCAACUAUAAAGGAAAAUGGAAGGCACCAUUGAUUGAUAACCCAGAUUUCAAGGAUGACCCCGACCUCUAUGUUUUCCCCAACUUGAAGUACGUGGGGAUUGAAUUGUGGCAGGUGAAAUCUGGUACUUUGUUUGACAAUGUCUUAAUUACUGAUGAUCCUGAGUAUGCUAAGCAGCUGGUUGAAGAAACAUGGGGCAAGCACAAGGAUGCUGAGAAGGCAGCAUUUGAGGAGGCCGAGAAGAAGAGGGAAGAGGAGGAAUCAAAGGAUGACCCAGUUGACUCUGAUGCUGAUGAGGAAGAGGAAGAUGCUGAUGAAGCUGGCAAUGACUCCGAUGCUGAAUCAAAGACGGAAGCUGGAGAAGACACCAAGGAAGAGGGUGUACAUGAUGAACUCUAGGAAGUUUGCAAAACGGAUAAAGAGUGAGCGGAAGUUAUAUUCCGGAAAGUUAUAUCUUUUUCAGUUGUAGUGUUUUUUUGUUUUUAUUUUUCCCUAGAUAAGCAGACCGUGGAAAACUGCAAGUGAAAGCUGGAGCUUUUGCUUCAAUCACAUUUGACUAUUUCACUGAUUAGAACAGGCAAAGAUGUCUCUUUUGGGUUGAUCUUUUUAUGUUUCGAUCAAUUGAAUUUUCCAUUAUGACACCGUCCUGAAAAUCUAAUUAAUUGCAAAAAAGGAUUAUCUUUGUUAA